GACUUUGGCAGGGCCGGGAACGACGUCGGCGUGGGAGCGUGCGCAUGCGUGCCUGCGGUGGUGGUGGUGGUGGUGAUUAAGGGUAAAACUGCCCAAACGUUGGUGCCUGCACAAGAACCCUUCACAGAUUCCAUUUGUUUUUGUAAUGUCCGCCAAGAAGAUAGCUGGCCAGAAUUCAAUGACUCUUGUAACACGUUUCCAUUUCUUGUGAAAUUGGCAUGAAAAGGAAGAUGCUUCAUGUGGUUUGGAAUCGGCAUCUAAAGCUACUGAGCCAUGCCACUGUUUCUGACGUAUAUGUAAAGUUGUUUUUUACAAGAAGCUUUGUCCUUGCACGGAAGCCAUGGAUGUCAGUGCGCUCUCUUGUUGGGGACAAGAAUAUUGUCCUGAUGGGACCUCCUGGUGCUGGAAAAACAGCAGUAGGAAAAAUACUAGGGCAGAAAUUGGGCUCUUGUUUCAUAGAUGUGGAUGAUGAUGUCCUUGAAACAACCUGGAAUAUGAGUGUGGCAGAAAAAUUGAAGGAUGUUGGUAAUGAGCAAUUUUUAGAAGAGGAAGGAAGAGCCUUGUUAAAUCUCUCAGCAUCUGGAAGUGUAGUUUCCCUUUCCGGAUCAAAUCCAAUGAAUGUUGCCAGCAUGGAGCAUGUGAAAAAAAACGGGAUUGUAGUCUAUCUGGAUGUACCUACACAAAGCAUAAUGGAUCGCCUGCGACUGAUGAAAGUGGAUCGUAUUGUGGGGCAGGGUCCUGGCACCUCGUUGAGAGACAUACUCCAGUUUAGGAAGCAGUUUUACAGAAAGUGGCACGACGUCCGUGUCCUCUGCGAAACCGGAAUGACACCAGAGGCUGUAGCAGACAAAGUGCUCCAUGCAGUCAAAUGGUAUCAAGAGUCGGAAUCGGGAGGCUUCAUUUCAACCAGGGGUCCAAGGGGCCAUAAGAAAGUCCAGCAAAAGAACUCUAUUAAAUAUUUCAGUGACACUGUUGUCGAGGGCCUGGCACCCGAUGGCGGUCUCUUUGUUCCUGAGAUGGGACUUCCAAAAUUCACUGCUGGAGAAUGGCAGAAUUUAUUAGGGUCCCCCUAUGCUGAGAGAGCUCAGAUUAUAUUGGAACGGUGUAUACAUCCUGCCGAUGUUCCUGCGCCGAAAUUGUGUGAAAUGAUUGAGAUUGCGUAUGGACAGAAUUUUACAUGUUCUAAAGUUGCCCCCGUUAGGCAUCUGACAGGCAACCAGUUUCUUCUGGAGCUGUUUCACGGACCAACAGCUUCAUUUAAGGAUUUGGCAUUACAGCUGAUGCCUCAUUUGUUUGCAUACUGCAUUCCCCAAAGCUGCAAUUAUUUGGUCCUGGUAGCCACUUCCGGCGACACAGGUAGUGCGGUCCUAGAUGGUUUUAGUCGGCUUAAGGAGACUGACAAGCAAAGAAUUGCUGUGAUCACCUUCUUCCCUCAAGAUGGAGUUAGCCCAAUACAGAAAUUGCAGAUGAUUGGCUGCCAGGAAGCAAAUACAAAAGUGGUAGGCGUCAAAUCCGAUUUCGAUUUUUGCCAGUCUGCCAUCAAACAAAUGUUUACCAGUUCGGAUUAUACUGGCUUUCUCACAACGGAAUAUGGAACAGCCUUAAGUGCAGCAAAUUCUAUAAACUGGGUCCGCUUGCUUCCCCAGGUGGUCUAUCAUGCCUCUGCCUACCUGAAUCUUGUUGAGCAAGGUAUCGUUUCUUUUGGGAACCCUGUAGAUGUCUGCAUUCCCACAGGAAACUUUGGCAACAUCUUAGCAGCUGUGUACGCAAAAACGAUGGGGAUCCCAAUACGAAAAUAUAUCUGUGCUUCCAAUCAGAACAAUGUCUUGACUGAAUUUAUAAAAACAGGGCUGUACAAUUUGAAGGGAAGGCGGUUAAUGCCAAGUUUGUCACCCGCAGUAGACAUUUUGAAGUCUUCCAACCUCGAACGACAUUUGCACCUGAUUGCAAAUGGAGACGGGCAGCUGGUGAUGCAACUAUUUAGCCAUCUGGAAAAUCAGCACUACUUCCAGUUGCAGAAAGAUCUCCUUGAAAAGCUUCAGCAGGACUUGUUGGCUGAUUGGUGCUCUGAGGAGGACUGUCUGGAAGCUAUUCACUCUGUGUUCAGUACCACCGGGUACAUUCUGGACACACACACGGCUGUGGCAAAAGUGGUUGCAGAUCGACUGCAAGAUAAAACUUGCCCCGUUAUCAUUUCUUCUACUGCUCAUUAUUCCAAGUUUGCACCUGCUAUCCUACAGGCAUUGAAGAUUGGGGAAAUAAAACAGGCUCCAUUAAGUCAGCUUCACUUGUUAAACUCUUAUAACCCUUUGCCUCCGGUCCAUAGGGGCCUAUUAGAGGCACUGAAAAAGAAUGAAAAGCAGAACUAUGAGGUCUGUGCGGCGGACGUGAAUGUCCUUAUGGAACAUGCUGAAGCCUUAAUCCAAAACCGCUUCAUGAAGGUUUUCUGACUGUAGACUUACUUGAC